ACGCCAAGAGUCACUGGCGGGGAUAUUCGAUCUAGCUGCAGCUGGUUGUCCAUGUUAGCAAAACAUCACAUCAUAAACGAUGCAUUGCUGCAUCAGAUAAUGUGAAAAUUGUGAUUCAUUUUACUGUUCAAUAUGUAAUGCGUGUCUAUCUGUAUUUCUGUGCGGACUGGAGACUUGGUAACAAAGGUUUGUGUGAGUCCUCCACGUGCAGGGCACUAUGGAUGAGCUGAUGGAGGUGGACCCCUCUGCUCACUCGACCACUGCCACUGCUGCAGGGUGGCACUCUCAGCAUGCAGUGGGCCAACCUGGCACCACCACCCUCCCAGCGUGGCACUCACAGCCCUCUGGCGGCCUUGGUGGCCAGGCCACCACCCCCCACUUCCCCAUUGUCAUUGAGGACUCUGGCAGCAGCACGGAGGUGGAUGAGGAUAAUGAUGAGGAUGAUGAUGGCCAAAUAGCCUCAGCAGCUCCUCCAACCCCCCUGGCCCUCCAGGCUGCCCCGACCACUUCCGCCUCCUCCUCCACCCCCACCUUCACCUCCGCCCUCAGUCAGCUGAGGGAGAGGCCGGGCCGACCCGCGGCAGAGCUGCCACGGAGGCUUCAGCGCAGGCACAGGACAGAGCGGACGCAGAGGACGGAGAGGAUGCAGUUGACCAAUUUCCUGCCAAGGCUCAGGGCACACAGGUCGCAGGUUCAGUCCCAGCCCCCUUCGCUGCCGCCAGAGGAGGAAGGGUCACGUCCUGAUCUCCCUGUGGAGGUCCGCCACGAAGCCCACGAGGCAGGCGGCGCAGAGGAGGUGCCAGUGGUAGGGGGGCAGGAGCAACCACAGGGAGUACCAGAUCCUCCCCACCCCCUCCAUGGCCCACAGGAGCCGCCCCUGCCCAACUCCAGUCAGGGCCGCCCCCUUCCCUUGGCCCCCACAGAGGAGAGGGAUGCUUCAGUUUCUGCAGAGGAGGCGGCUACUCGCACAGCUGAGGUUGCUGCUGGCACCGCCCCUUCCUCGCCAGUGCCGUCCUCCCCCAGCCCUCCUCCGCCCAAUCAGGAGCCAGAGCCAGAGGAGGGGGAGGGCGAGAUGUGUCCCAUCUGCUUUGAACCCUGGACCACGAUGGGGGAUCAUCGGCUCGCGGCCCUGAAGUGUGGACACCUGUUCGGACACACCUGCAUCAAGAGGUGGCUCCGCAGCGACGGAGCCAAGUGUCCUCAGUGCAACCAGAAAUGCAAGAAGUCGGACAUUGUGCUGUUGUACGCCCGCAAGCUCCGAGCAGUGGACAACACAGAGGAACAAACACUAAAGAGGAGUCUUGAAAGAGAGCAGUCUCUGCGUCGUGCGGCCGAGUUGGAAGCGGCCCAGUACCGACUUAGACUACAGAUCUCUGAAGAGGAGAGGAAUAGACUACGCAAAGAAAUACAGGAGCUGAGGACGCUGAGGGCCCAGGUGGCAGCGCGUUCGGGCCCGAGCGGUGCGGGGGCCGGUGUGUCUGCAUCGCAGGGUGGUGGUGGUGGCGGUGGAGGGCAGUACGCGUUCAGUGCGGGUAUCCUGGUCUCCCAGGCGGGCGGGUGCAGAGUCACGGCGUACUGCGAGCCCCUAGGCUGCCUGCUCGCCUCCCAGCCCUCCGCUCACUCUUCCCUCAUACCAGGUUUUGGUGUUAAAAAGAUCAGUGCUGCGACUAUGAAAGCUUGUCAAUACAUCCCCAUCCACCUGAAGCCAAUACGCGGCCUGGCCUUUAGCAGACAGCAAGACAGCCUACUGCUGUCCUGCGCACUCGACAGUACGCUCAAACUCACCAGUUUGUUGACCAAUACGGUGGUCCAGACGUACCAGACGGGUGUUCCCGUGUGGAGUUGCAGCUGGUGCCAUGACGACAGCAACUAUGUGUACGCCGGCCUGACCAAUGGCAGUGUGCGCGUCUACGACGUGCGAGACACCAGCACACACGUGCACGAGCUUCACGCCCUCGGCAGCAGGUGUCCCGUGGCGUCCCUGACCUACAUGCCUCGUGCUGCGUCGAGCACGUUCCCGGUGGGGGGCCUCCUGGCUGGCUCUCUGGAGGGCGGCUGCUUUUGGGAGCGCAGGGGCGACACCUAUCACCCACACACGCUCCCCCUGGAGGCCGGAAACUGUAUUGACCUGCAGGUGGAGCCAGAGAGCAGGCACUGCCUCGUCACAUACAGGCCUGGUCGCUCCAACCCAGCUCUGCGGUGUGUGUUGGUUGAGAUGACCCGUGACGACAGUACAUGUUCCUGUUCCCCAGUCCAGACGUUCACUGCGGGCUGCUCCUCCAAAAUGCUAACCAAGAACUCCAUCUUCAAACACCCUCUCACGGACAAAACGCUCGUCUGCGCUGGGGAUGAGGCGUCCGCCUCCACCAUGGUGUGGGAUGCGGCCACUGGGGCCCUGCUACAGAAGCUUCGGGCUGACCUGCCGGUCCUCGACAUCUGCCACUUUCAGGCCAACGACACCCACUUCCUGUCCUCUCUAACUGAGAAAAUGGUGAAGAUAUACAAGUGGGAGUGACCAAAGAGAACCCAAAAAGGCACAUGGUGCCUACAGCUGUUUUUAUGUGUGUCUGUGUAUGUGCGCGUGCGUGUAUGUGUAUGUGUGUACGCAUGCUUGAGUGUGUGUGUGUUUUCAUGUUCUCGUGUUCAUAUGUUUAUACUGCUGCUACAUUUGAUAAUAAAGUAAAACAUAUGUUUUUUACUACAA